AUGCUGCCGAUUGUGCAGCUCAAUUAUUCGGCACAUGCCAACACAGAGCCACUCUGCGAUAUUGGGGACAAAAUUUGCACACAGAUGCGUAAAUUUACCGCUGUAGUUGAGCGUGGCCUUAUCAAAAGCGCCAUACGUAUUCUUAGCAGCACAGGAGCAGUACUUGGAGCCAUUGAAGAGGCCAGUGCAAGAGCAGAACGAUGUAUUAGCGAGCGAAUAGAUCAGCUAUCGUCCGAAUUUCAAGCGCAAGAAUGGAUGGACGAGCAGCACAUGCCUGUUUUUCCCGGUUAUCAUCCAUUGAGUUUUUUUGUCCAGUCAUGA